UUCUUUGAUAAUCUAUUGUUGGUCACGGAAACUAUCAAACAAUUUGGUCCACCCGAGCCGACGUACGAUCAUUACUGAGCCAACACUUCGCCGAUUAUAUUUCAUCACCAUUGGUUUUGAAAUAUACAUGUAAUAUGCAUUAUGGAGCACACUCCCGCGCCUUAUGGUCCCAGGGCAGUCUACGGAUAUGCUAUGUACAUCGGAUCGAAUAUGCUCUUCCUGUUGUACGUGAUAUGGGCAAUAAUACCGGACGAAGUGCUGCACGAUUACUUGGGCCUGACGUACUGGCCUUCCAAAUAUUGGGCUGUUGCGAUACCCAUAUGGGCACUGACCGCUCUUGCCACGUUUGCGUUCCUGAUUUAUCCGGCUAUCAACAUGGUGAUAACUCCGGAUAUCGAUGAUAUUCGAACCAUCAUGGAUAAGUACGUCCUGCCGAAAACCGAAACCACUUCAGACGGGAUACCGGCUGUGUCUGAUAUACCAAUCACAGAAGUCUGUCGGAAAUUAUAUCUGAAAAAAGAUUCAUAAUUGUCUGCUGUAAUAAUUGUAAUUCUAAUUUCUUUUUCCUUGAGAUGGGUAUACAAUUUGUUAGAAAUAAUAUUUGAAAAAUACAUGUGUUACGAGAA